AUGUCGGUGUUGGGCGACCCCACAAUAGUUCAGUGCCAUCAUGGACACAAACACUCCGAACCUUUAUCCCAGCCCCCACCGCCGUGGUCGCCCCGCAAAACGAUCAUACCAAAUGUAUCGUCGCUUGUGAAGGAUUCGUGGAACUGGGCUGGUGAUACACUACACACCUACCGUGAUGGCCUAUCUAAAGAACAACGGAAACAAAGGGCGGACAUCGAGGAUCGCAAACAAGUCCUAUAUUUGAAAAUAAAGAAUGCUGUGUCGUACGAGGAAUGGCGAAGUUGUGCCAUUGAACUAGAUGAACUAGAGCACAAUAACACCUGGAAGCAGACACUCGAGUCCGCCGAAUAUGACCCAAAUUUGGUACAGGAUCGUUUGCGACAGUUGGAAGAGGCUCGCAUCAGCUGUGAUGUAAGCCGGAUGCUCUUUCUGGUGCGCACAGCGCUGAGUCGGGACCUGGCGCACAUGAGCAAUGCCUCUCUCUAUCGCCAUUCUCAUAUCGGCACCAAGGACUUGAUUGAUAGAUAUAUCACCACGGCUGUGGAGACCAUCGCCACGCUGGUGGAUCUUUCGGUACAUGAUCGCUGCGAUGGGCUGGAGUUGAAGUAUAUCCUGGAUCAGCUGCUGGCAGCUCGACAGGCAUUUGGUCGCAGUGCGCUCCUCUUCUCCGGUGGCGCCACUUUUGGCAUGACCCAUAUCGGGGUGCUAAAGGCACUCUAUGAGGCAAAUAUGAUCCCUCGAAUUAUCUCAGGUGCCUCUGCUGGUAGCAUUGUGUGCGCGGUCUUUUGCACACGCACAGAUGAAGAACUGCCGGCGCUUUUGGAUACCUACGUACAUGGGGAUUUUGACGUCUUUAAUGAGAAGGGCCAGGAGGAAAAUAUCCUGCAGAAGAUGACUCGCUUUUUAAAGUUUGGAUCAUUUCUUGACAUAUCCCACUUGGCAAAGACUAUCAGGAACUGGCUGGGGGAUAUGACCUUUCAGGAAGCCUAUAACCGUACCCGCAGAAUCCUGAAUAUCUGUGUGUCGAGUGCCGGCAUGUAUGAGCUUCCACGGCUGUUGAACUAUAUCUCUGCCCCCAACGUGCUGAUCUGGUCUGCUGUGGCGGUAUCCUGCUCUGUCCCGUUUGUCUUCAGACCGUUCACGUUGAUGGCCAAGGAUCCGUUGACAGGGGAACCGGUCCCAUGGAAUGAUCUUCACAAACAGUAUAUCGAUGGCUCUGUCGAUGGAGAUCUGCCUAUGACACGGUUAUCAGAGAUGUUCAACGUGAAUCACUUCAUAGUCUCUCAGGUGAACCCCCAUGUGGUACCAUUCCUUCCAAAGGAAACAGGCCCACAGGAUGAGACAACCGAUGGCCCUUCAUUCAUCCCUCGAUGGAUGAACACGAUGACACACCUUGCCAAAGACGAAGUUUUGCAUCGAAUGAACGUCCUCUCGGAACUUGGAGUCUUUCCAACAUCAAUGACCAAGUUUGCUUCUAUUGUCAACCAGAAGUAUCAUGGAGACAUCAACAUAUACCCGGAACUCGUUUCCUCCAACUUCCCACGGUUGCUGGAGAAUCCGACAACGGAGUUCAUGCUUUCUGCAUGCCUAAGUGGCGAGCGGGCAACGUGGCCGAGACUAAGCCGUAUCCGUAACCACUGCGCCAUUGAGCUGGCACUCGAUAAUGCGAUUCAGAAUAUGCGCGCCCGGGUAGCCUUCAGUCCGAGAGAGGUUGAUCUACGUAUGCCAAACUUUAGCCGGCACUCGAUUGACUCGGCAGACAGCAGUGGAAGGGGACGUUAUCGCGACAGGCGAACAGGAUCCCACAGCCACGAGCUGGAAAAGAGGCACUCGGGCGGGCAAGCACGGCCUCAGUCAGCCCGGGAACUGAGAAAGGCACGAAGCACAGUCUCACUAGAGAACCCGCCUCUUUCACGGUCGAGUGAGUCACUCAUUAUGUCAACCCAAGCAAGGACCCAUCGCCGUACAUCCUCAGUAUCCUUCAACGGGGCGAUAUUCAACAUUGGGUCAAGCAGUGACGACGAGCCGGAACGAUCAUACAUGCUUCGUCCCAAACUCACAGGUCACCGAGCGUCCUCGGAGUCAUCUUCAUUCGGUGGAGCAUUUGCGAGCCACGGACCCCGUAGCCCCGUCCGAUCCCGACGAUCCUCAUUCUCUUCUGGCCCGGCCUCCAAUUCUUCUGCUACAGCUCGUCGCAGUUCCCCAAAGCAGGUUUAUCCGCCGUCGGCUCGCGACCUCUCCAUGACCGUACCACCUUCGUCCCGCCAUCUGCUCAGCAUGACCCCAACGCCAUCAGUCCAUCCGAGCUCGCCUGACUCCCUAACGCGCAAACAGCGGUACUGA